AUGGCGACAGCAAAGCAUGAGAACGGAGCGGUGAAGGCGACGGAGAACGGAGGAGACUCGACGGAGACGAAGAAGGAGUAUCUGAACGAGCCAUUCAUCGACCUGGCUGAGUUCAUGAACGGCGAUGACGAAACCAGGGCUAGGGCUUGCGAGCUGGUGAGAGACGCGUGCAUGAAGCACGGGCUAUUCCAAGUGACCAGCCACGGCGUCGACCCGCUUCUGAUUCGAGAGGCCUAUGAAGAGAUUGACUCCAUCUUCGGAAUGCCUUAUGAGAAGAAGAUGGUGGCGGCGAGGAACCGCGGCGCCGUGAAGGGCUAUUUAGGGACUUUCGAUGAGAAUUUUUCAUCCAAAGUACCGUUCAAGGAGAUCUACUCUCUUCAUUACAGCAACGUGGGAUCUGACUCUCAGGUCAUCGACCAUUUCAAGUCUGCCUACGGAGAUCUCCUUCCUGAUCGUACUGGGAAGGUGUAUGAGAGGUACUGUGAGGCAAUGAAGGAGCUGUGUGGAGUGGUCAUGGAGGUGAUUGCAAUGAGUCUGGGCGUGGAUCGAUCACACUUCAAGGAGUAUUUCAAAGACGGUGGAGGCAUAUUGAGAUGCAGCUUGUACAGACCCUGCGACAAUUCAAACCUGUCCAUAGCCAAAGGUCCUCACAGUGACCCAGUCUGCAUCACCAUCCUUCAUCAAGAUCAAGACUUUGGUCUCGAAGUUCUCAUGGAUGGCAAGUGGCUCGUCUGCCAACGCCACCCGGAGGCCUUCGUUGUCAACCUCGGCGACACUUUCCAGGCGCUGUCGAAUGGGAAGUACAGGGGUUGUGUGCAUAGAGCAAUGGUGCUGAAGGAGCAUGAGAGGAGAUCGUUGGCUUAUUUUGUGGUUCCAAAUAGGGACAAGACAGUGAAACCACCUGAGUUAAUCUUCGGAGAGAAAGAGGAAAGGAAGUAUCCAGAUUUCCAGUGGUCUGAUAUGUUCACCUUCACCCAAAUCUAUUAUACGGCUGAUACUGAGACUCUUAACCGCUUCAUCGCAUGGCUUCCCAACAAGGAUUCUGUUCCUGCUGCUGAAGAUGCUUAG